AUGACGCGUGGAGAACAUCUACAUAGUUACCCCACUAUUACCACACUCAGUGUCAAAAGCCGAGCCCGUACCCAAUCAAAACUAAAGAAGCCCCUUUCUCUACUUUUCGCCAUCGCUGUGAAGCUCCUGAAAGUAAACAGCAAUGUAUCCUUCGCGUUGUCAAUCCUCUCAAAAGCAAAAUCUAAAAAUUACAGAGAGAGACGGAACGAUGAGUCGAUCCACCAUCAUUGACCCCGCCGCUCAUACUUCAGAGCAGACCAGGCGCGAAAGAAGUAACACACAUCAAAUCAAUCAUCCGCACAGUCUCAAAAAAAAACGUAGACGCCAUCUAACUGCGUGGCAUACCCAAUCAUACAGUCCUUAACCCCUUCACUUCCUGAAUAAAUGUGACGAAGCCUGCUGCAUACAUCUACCCCUCCGCUAACAAAAAAAGAACCCCCACCACAAAUCCUUCCGCAGCCCAGCACAUCCUUACCGAAGCACUAAACCCCGCCAGUCCAUAGCGCCCUCCAUCUCCCCAUCAACACCAAAAAAAGAAAUUCCUCACGAUGCCGGUCAAAACCACAUUGUAGCAGGAACAC